UUAAAAAUUAAACAUUUCCCUCUUUCACACGGAAAUGGCGUUGUAAUAUAACUAAUAAGUUCCCCGCUUCGUUGAACCAACCUCUUUUUUUUUUCUUUUUUUUCUGAUUCCAUUUUUGUAGCUUUGAAGCUUAGUUUUGGAUCUAAGAGAGAGCAUUUCGUGACAUUUUUGGUGCGUUUGAUCAGUUUUUAGAGAUCCAAAAAUGGUGAUGAAAGAGAGAGAUGAAGAGCUAGCUUUGUUCCUGGAAAUGCGGAGACGAGAGAAGGAGAAAGAGAAGAGCAGCAACCUUCUCUCGCUUCAUAACUCUGAAGAACUCAAUGCUCCUUUACGAUCCAACGUGAACGGCAACGGCGGCGUUGUCGGUUCUCCGAUGUCGAAGAUUGUCUCGGCUGUGCCUGGACGAAAGACUGCAGCUGAUAAUUUUUUAAAUUCGGAGAAUGACAAGUCUGAUUAUGAUUGGCUUCUUACUCCACCUGGUACACCAUUAUUUCCCUCUAUGGAGAAGGAAUCACAGAAGGCUCUAAUGAGCGAGAUUGGGGUGUCUAAUUCUCGUCCUACUGCUCCGAAAACGAGGCUGGCAAAUCUUCCGGAGGAACCUGCUCUAAAGAGCGCUCUAGCACCCAAGCAACAAACUUCAUCAGCGAGACCAAACUCUUCCAGUACUCUUAAUAAAAGGCCAUCCUCUUCAGGGGGUCCAAAAUCUGCUAGUAGACCUGCAACACCUACUGGCCGGCCUACUCUACCCACAGGAACCAAGCCUUCGAGGUCUUCUACACCUACAUCACGAGCGACCUUGCCUUCCAUAAAACCUGCUGCUUCUACAGCAAGAUCAUCAACUCCAAGUAGAUCCACUUCACGUUCUUCCACACUAACUGCUAGACCCUCUUUGCCUGCUUCAAAGUCGACAUCAAGAUCAGCUACACCAACACGUCGACUAGCUUCCUCUUCUGGUAUGCCUGUUGCAUCUGCACCUACUGGUCGAUCUUCUUCAGUACCAAGAUCAGCUCCCAUCACUUCUUCGGUACCAAAAUCAGCUCCCAUUACUUCUUCAGUUAUGAAAUCAAAUCCCGCUACCUUUUCUGUAACAAAAUCAGCUCCCACUACAUCAAAAAAUUCAGCACCAUCACGAGGCACAUCUCCAACAUUUAAGUCUAGGCCUUGGGAACCAUCUGAGAUGCCUGGGUUUUCACUUGAUGCACCACCAAAUUUAAGGACGUCACUGCCCGAAAGACCAGCUUCAACCUCACGGGGGAGGCCUGUAGCACUCAGUGUCAGAUCAUCUUCUGUUGAGGCUAGUUCUAAUGGAAGACCAAGACGUCAAUCCUGCUCUCCUGCUAGAAGCAGGGCUUCAAGUGGCAAUGUCAGUGGUAAUGGGAGCUCCAUUCGUUCUGUACGUAGAGCAGAUACCAAUGGUAGUGAUCAUGAUAGUCCAGUAGUGAUUGGGACAAAAAUGGUUGAGAGAGUGGUAAAUAUGAGGAAAUUGGUACCUCCAAAAUCAGAUGACAAUCCUCGUAAUAACCCUACAGCAAAGUUAUCUACUUCCCUCGAUAGCUCAGGCUUUGGGAGAACACUCUCGAAGAAGUCUCUAGAUAUGGCUAUGAGACACAUGGAUAUUAGGCGGCGUAUUUCAGGUAAUCAGCGUCCUCUUAUGACAAACGUUCCAGCUUCCUCCAUAUAUAGUGUGAGAUCAGGAUCCACAAAGAGCAGGACUACAAGUGUUUCUGAUUCUCCUCUUGCCACAAGUAGUAAUGCUGGCUCUGAACCAAGUGUCAACACUAAUUCCUUCUAUACUGAUGGGAGUGAGAUGGAAGACAAUGAUCUCAGUAGAGGAAACUCCUCUCCCACCAGCCAGCGUGCUAGCUAACCAAGGGGACUUCCAUUCAAAA